AACUGGGAAUCCAGGCUGGGAAGAUGCUGAGUUCCAUCAAGUGUGUGUUGGUGGGAGAUUCUGCUGUGGGGAAAACCUCUCUGCUGGUGCGCUUCACUUCAGAGACCUUUCCUGAGGCCUACAAGCCCACGGUGUAUGAGAACACGGGUGUAGACGUCUUCAUGGAUGGCAUCCAGAUCAGCCUGGGCCUCUGGGACACAGCCGGUAAUGAUGCCUUCAGAAGCAUCCGCCCCCUGUCCUACCAGCAGGCCGACGUGGUGCUGAUGUGCUACUCUGUGGCCAACCAUAAUUCUUUCCUCAACCUGAAGAAUAAGUGGAUUGCUGAAAUCAGGAGCAACUUGCCCUGCACCCCGGUGCUGGUGGUGGCUACCCAGACUGACCAGCGGGAGGUGGGGCCCCACAGGGCCUCCUGCAUCAAUGCCAUAGAAGGAAAAAAACUGGCCCAGGAAGUGAGAGCAAAGGGCUAUCUGGAGUGCUCGGCCCUCAGCAACCGGGGGGUUCAGCAGGUGUUUGAGUGUGCCGUCCGAACGGCCGUCAACCAAGCCAGGAGACGCAACAGAAGGAGGUUUUUCUCCAUCAACGAGUGCAAGAUUUUCUAACCUCCCAGAGACUUCGCCCACGCUCGUUUACUCCCUGCAAAGACGAAUAGGGACAGAGAGAGCAGGCAAGCCAGCAGGGACUCAUGCUCUUCCUAGGUACGUCCUGCACAGCACCUCCCUUAGGAUACAGUUGGUGAUGAGACUUGGCUGCUGGCUGUUUUCAUGAAAUACACUCUACAAAUGAGCCGCUUGCCCAGUCCGAUUAGAAGGUUCUGUAAUGAAGAUUUCCGUCUUUGAUUAAAAAAGCAAAAUAGUCACUGUAAUUUUGUUUUUUGUUUUUUGUUUUAGUCACUGUAAUUUUGGAUGAUGAAGUGAGGUUUUCAAAGCAGUCCAUAUUUAAAGACACAUUUUAUUUAAGUAAUAACAAAAUGUAUAGCUCUUGUAUAGAGUUAGUUUUUACUUUUGGAAAGUCUUUCCCUACAUGCUCCCAAACACAAACUACUGGUUGAAUGAAAUAGUCCUCUGGCUCGUAGUGUUUUCCCCUGAACUAGUGACUUCGUUGAGACCACCUGCCUUCUAGAUAUUACUAGGUCAUCAAAUUUUAAAAUGACCAUAGCUUGAUCCUUGCAAUUAAUUUUCCAUCCACCUGUUAUUCAGAGUUGUAUAUACAACACAGUUCAAUAACAUAAGAUUCUUUAAUGCUGCCUAAUUAAAAAUUAAAAUUUUAAACAGCCAGCACUAGAUUUCCCUGUAAUUAUAUUUUUAAAGGCAUUUCUUAUUUAUGAAACUAUCUUUUACCCAAAGACGUCCAAGUGUGCACUAAGCAUUCCUCCUUCAUUCACCAAAAUAGACGGAAGGAAAACCUUCCAGGUAGGGAAUCAGACUGCUCCAAUGGAACAGAAGUGAGGAAGUCUCACUUUCAUUUCAGGAACUGGUGCACUUUGCCUGCUUCUUCCAACACCAUGGCUCCUAGCUGGUUGUAGGUCUUCUGAAGAAGAGCAGGCUCCAAUUUCUGUAUGACAGUAAUUUAGCAAAUUUGCUAUUUGAGUGCUAAACUGAGCUGGCAUAGCAACAUGAUUUAUUAAUGUUAGGAUCCAAUCCAAGUAAUUGAGAAGAUGUCUACCUACAUAUGUGUAAGGGGGAAAAAGAUAGGGACUUACAAUUUUCAUUAUUUCAUGAAUAUGAAACACCUGAGUGAAAAAAACCCCCACAAAUUCCAAGCAUAGGAAACAAGCAAACUGUAUAGCAAUUGUUCAGAUAAUGAAAAGUUAUCAGGAGAAAUAUUGAAUACAGAAGGACAUACCUCUCCCCACCCCAAGCCCCGUUCUAUCCAAUAGCUUAACAGCAACAGUAUUGCUCAGCUGUUAAAGUUGAGAUAGAGGACUAUGUAACUGGAGGGAGAAAUUGUCAAGGUGGCCGCCCAGGUAUAUCAUUUGCUCACCUAAUUGAAUAAAACUUAGAACUACUCUGAACCACAUUUGUUGAAGUACAUCAUUGUUUUAGCACAACAUGGCCAUUGUAUACAGAUAGUAAGAGAGUUGGCAUGAACGACUGUGAAUAACUUAGUUAACUUAACUAACCCAAUUUUUUAGUUUCCUGAUGUGCUCAGUCCUUUAUGCUAUAAUCAGUGUAAAAAUCAGAUUUUUGCUCAUCCCCAGAUUCCUUUCUCCUCCUCCUCUUCUCUCAUUCACAUCCAGGAAAAGGCCUGGUACCUGGAUCUUACUCUCUGGGGUCUAGGGUUCCCUUAAUUCCCUGGGACUGACUGACAUAUCUGCCUUCACCCAGACAUCUCCAGCCCUCUGGUCCUGUGGCUUGUCCUCACCUCUAUAUCACCCGUGUGCCUGGCUUAAGAGCACCUGUAUCCAACUCUCUUCACUGCACGUCCAGAGGGCUGGGGGGCUUGAAAGCUAACAGGCAAGAGAGGUGAGGACAGAUCAUCUUUUCUGAUUUCCCUGUUGAUCUUGAUCCUCUCCUUCAACAUAUGAACGGUCUUAAAUCAUUCAUGUAGGUUUUCCUUCAGGGCCAGUCUUUAGGGUGGAGGGGUAUUUAACAUGUUAGCAGGAAUGAAUUUCUACUUACUAAAAUUGGCUGUCUGUAGGCUUUUCGUUCGUUCUUAUUGAAGGAAGGUGGAAGAGGGGGUUGUCUGAAAAUGGGAGGGCCCCAGGACCUGAUUCUAAGUGAGGGAAGAGGAAGGAGGUGAUUCCACAGUGGAAGGGGAGGAAGACAGGAAAGCCAGAGAGGGCUCAGUCAUAUGGCUUUGCCUUCACCUGGGCAGACACACAUGUACGUGCUCUGCCUGUUGGCAGGAACCAAGCUUCAAGACUCCCUCUGGGAGUCCUCACAGGUGAGACUAGGAAUCCAUGUAUAAGUCCUCCCCAGGGACCUGGCUGAAGUUUAGGCCAACUGGUGUAUCACUUGCUGGACUGUGGGUUCUCAAAGGCAGAGGCACCUCCUAUGCAUCUUAGUGUCCCCAGGGCCAGGCCCAUGGAAGGGAACCAUAGCUAAACAAAGUAGUGUUGGAUUGACUUGGAAAGAGAGCUAGGAUUUGGGCUGCUAUGCUGCGAGGUGGCUAUGAGGAGGAAGCAGGUGCUUGCCAGCCUAGCGAGGUGGGAAGUGAAGUCAUCAUGUUCGAGUCCACACGGUGUAUGUUCUACAUGAGUGUGUAUAUAUUUUGUCUGCCUAGAUUCAGGCAUAUGUUUCUUGCACUUCAAAACUCACUGUACCAUGUUGUAGACUAUUAUGUGUGGAUCCUUAACUGUUCCAAGUGGCAACAUUAAAUAUGCUCGUUUACAUUAAA